AAAUACCAGAUUAAAGGGCAUGUUGUUUUGCCCACAUGUGAAUUCAGUUUAUUUUGUUUAAAUUUAAAGCAUUGUAAAGCUAAUAACAUGUUGAGGGUAACCCAGACCAAAAACAGCCUGCUCGAUGGAGCCACCAUAGCGGAGGAGCUCUAUACAAGUCCAAAGGAAGGCGAGGAUUUCUUUGAAAGUCUGGAGAAGCCGGCAAAGGAACCCACAAAACUUGAGCCCAGGAACACCUUCAUUCGGCCGGGAGUUUUAACCACUGUGAGAGGUUCCGCAUACAUGGAGUAUGGAAACACCAAGGUACUAGCCAUUGUGGCCCCGCCAAAAGAGCUAAUCCGCGCCAGCGCUCGCCGGAUGAACAUGGGCGUGCUCAACUGCUAUGUGAAUUUUGCGGCCUUCGCCACCGGGGAUCUGGAAUCAGUGCCAGAACGGGAACGCCACCUGAGCAGCAUGUUGACCAAGGCCAUGGAGCCGGUUGUUUGCCGAACGGAGUUCCUCAACUUCCAACUGGACAUUCGGGUGCUUAUUCUCGACGACGAUGGCUGCUUGCUCAGCACGGCCAUCAACUGCUGUGGUGUUGCUCUGGUGGAGUGCGGAAUUUCCACCUACGAUUUGAUUACGGCCUCCACGGCUUGUAUCUUUCGGGAACACGUUUUUCUCAAUCCCAGCGCAAAGGUGGAAGAACUGCUGUGGAAGCAUCGCGGCAGCAGCGGCACCAGUAGCAAAUCCGAAACCUCCUCGUCUAUCGAAGAACACGGUCUGAUCAUCACCGCGAGCAUGGACACCUUUGAACAGAUUGCCCAGUGCCAACAGUGCGGAUAUCUAAGUCCUGCUACAUAUGUCAAAUUGCUGGACUACACGCUGGCCAUCAACAAGUCGCUGCGGCAGCUGGUCAAAAGUGUCCUCAACAAGCGGGUUAAGGAGCAACACGAACUGGAUCUGCGAGAGAAGGCCGAAAGCGCACUGGAGGAUCAACGGUUGGCGGAAAUUAUCGAAAGACUAAAAUCGCAGGGAGUGGAUGAGUUUAUACAGUCAAACAUCAAGGAAGAUCCUUAUGUUAAAAGGCAAUAGUCAAUAAAAUGUAGAUUAUGUUUAAACAUA